AUGGAAAUGGAUCAUUUGAUUGGGCAGCGUUUCAACCUCAUCUCCAAGAGCGAGAUCCGCUAUGUCGGCACGCUUCACGAGAUCAAUCCAGAACAAUCCACUAUUGCGUUAGAAAAUGUCUACUCGUUCGGUACUGAAGGUCGUCCGGCCAAAGACUACAUACCAGCCUCCAAUCAGAAGUUCGACUACAUCGUUUUUCGAGCCACCGAUGUGAAGGACAUUAAGGUUGCUGAAGAUCACAAGGAGAACAAGCAGCCUGAUCCCAAUCCACCCAAUGACCCUGCUAUUCUGAAUGCGUCCCGACCUAGCCAGCCAUCACCACAAGCCCCUCAACGUCGUGAUCAGCCUCCUUUCCCACCACCUCCAAACUUCACGCAGCACCCUCAACAUCAACAGCAACAACCCCCGCCUUUUCAGAAUUACUACCCUCAAUACGAUCGCGGUUAUGGCCCCCCGCCCGGUGGCUUCCCGCCCGGUCCAGGCUUUCAAGGAAUGCCCUACGGGCCUCCACCACCAAGCUAUUAUGGGCCUCCAGGUCAAAGUUUCAUCAACCAUGGUCCAUUUCCUCCACCACCUCAGAUGCCGAUAGCUCCUCCAGGUCAGCGCCCGCCAGGUCUUCAAGCACCAAACGAGCUUCCCGUCAACGACAGAGCACAAGAAACUCCAGCUGGUAGGAGCAUAACACCUAUCUCAACCGUGUCACCUGCUCCUGGUCCGACGCCGCCCAAUGAAUCGAAACCCACUCUUGCUGAAGCUCUUGCCCCUGUCCCCAGCGCUCCAGCACCUGUGGCUGCUCCGAAUGAUACUGUCGCAUCCACCUCAAAGGCCCCACCAACAGGACCAAGAAGCAGUCGAAUUGUGCCGGCGGUGCCUAUGACAGUUAAUUCAAAAGCCUCGGCUCCCAUUCUCCCGGUGACGACCAAUGGGCCAUUGUCAACCCUUUCAGGCAACACAGCCCAACCUCCAGCACCUAAAGCGACUGCGCCGACACAGAUUGCAAUGGAAGAAGCCAACCGUCAAGCUCGUGCGGCUGUUGCAACCGCCAUGGCGAAGAUGAACACGAAUGUACAACCCGUAACAGCACAGCCUCGGCCUGUAGCAGGCGGAAAUGCUGUAGAUGCCUUGACGAAGAAAGUUGGUGAGAUGAAAACCUCAGACGGUCCUCGUGGUGGCGGGAGAGGUGCUGCAAGAGGUCAACGAGGGAACUUUCGGGCCGGUGCAAAUCAAGGGCGUAAGAUGGAAAUACCCAAAUCUGACUACGACUUCGAGUCUGCGAAUGCAAAAUUCAACAAGGAGGACACAAUGAAGGAGGCGAUCGCGUCUGGCUCACCUAUUGCAGGACCAAGUGAGGAUGGCAUGAUUAACGGAUCCGCGGACUCAACGGCGAAUGGACAAAAGAGGAAGGACAGUCUACCUAUGGUUGCCACCGAAGCCUACAAUAAGUCCAGCUCCUUCUUCGACAACAUAUCGAGCGAAGCCAAGGACCGUGAGGAAGGUGCUGGCCAGAAUACGGGUCGUGGCUUUAGAGGCGAAGAGAUCAAGAAGAACUUGGAAACUUUUGGUCAAGGUAGCGUGGAUGGAGGCUUCCGCGGACGUGGUCGAGGUGGAUUCCGGGGUCGGGGAAGAUCCUACGGAGGACAUCGAGGAUAUGUGUCACCGGACUGUCAGACGCUUGAACACUCCCAAAUGGCAGACUCCGUUGAUCGUGUGUUUGCUCAAGCCCUCCGCACAGUUCGGCGACUCCCUCGACCUGGGUCAACGCGCCCCCCUCCCUCUGCCCGUCUUCGUCUCUAUGGCCUCUACAAACAAUCAAUGGAAGGAGACGUUGAAGCGAUCCUCUCUCGACCUACCUUACCCUCGACUCACCUCCCGAGCAACACUGACGACUCUAAUCACGACGAGAGUGCCGAACAAAUGAAGAGACACGGGGAGGCAAGAGGGGAGAUAGAGAAAUGGGACGCGUGGCACGCGUGUGCCGGGCUAAGCAGAACAGAUGCAAAGAGACGCUACAUAGAGGUGUUGAUUCAGACGAUGAAAGUUUAUGCCGCGGGGACAGCGGAAGCGAGGGAAUUGGUGGACGAGCUGGAGUUCGUCUGGGAUCAGAUACGGAGUCAGAGGGGGAGCGAGGAAAGCCUACGGAACACGGUGCGCUCUGGGGCUGGGGCUGCAGAACCUGCGACCGGCGGGCUUGUCGAGGGAAGAUUGCGAGUCCUCGGCCCGGAUGAAAGUGGGCAAGUUGUCGAGGACGAAGAUGCUUCGAUUCCUGAACCAGAAUUGCCGGACGGCGACAGCGCUGACGACGAGAAUAUCCGAGAUGCAGCAAAUAACUCAGAACGGGAUCCACCACGCCGUAUAGACAGGAGAAGCCAGCCAUCAGCGAGUACACGUAAGUGGCAGCGGCAGGUCGAAACAGCACUCACAAAGAUCAGCACAGAACUGGCGGCACUGAGGGAACAGAUCGAUGAGCUCAAUUCUACCUCUUAUUACAGAUCCCGAUUCAGUAUCAGGCGGCGGAAAGGCGUCAAGAGGCUUCUGUCAUGGAUGAGGUGGAUCCUGUGGAUUGCCGUCAGACAGUUGGCUGUUGAUGGACUUGUCGUGGGGUUGUUACUGUUGUGGGGUUUGGGGAGGGGAGAUGAUCGAUAUCAGAGGUGGUUUACAAGACGGUGGGCUCAAUUCAGGAAAGCGAUAGAGGGGCUGAAGGGAAGAUGGCGCUGGGUUCUGGCUGGGAUUGUGGCGAGGACUGGACCGGCUAGAAAUAUAUGGAGUUGGAGCAUUAUCAGAGAUACUCGAAUGGCAUCAGAGAGAAGCUUAUAA